AUGCCCGCGACCGAGGUCGGCGAUCGGCUUAUUGAUGAAAUUGAGCUAGCUUUCAGAGAGGAAAGUGAGCUACCUCAGUGGGCCGUCUACCUCCGUGGAAUUGACCCCCAGCACCUUAUUGACUGCGUCCACGCACCCGACGCCGAUUCAUCCGAUCUAACUGAAAUAGCGGCAAGUGCUAUAUGGGAUGCAAUGGCUGCCGUCGCGAGAAUUAGCCAGUUAGUUUGCAUGAAAACUAGCCAUACAAUUCGCACUGAGGCCGUACGGACGGAGCGCGACCGACUACCGCACCAGCCGCUGCAAGCUUACAUGGAUGCCGAUAACAUUGAGAGACACACUAUCCCGUGGCAGCAAAUUUUGAUGUUUUUCACUCGCACGCAGGCUGCGCAUGAAUGGGCUAGUCCAAAUUACAAAUUUACUAGGCGCCAGCGCGCUGCGUGGAACUCGCUUUGGAAACUGGCCCAGCCGGGCGCAUCACCUAGGUCAGCUAUGGCUAGUUCAGCCACGGCUAGGUUAGCUACGGCUAGUUCAGCCACGGCUAGUUCAGCCACGGCUAGUUCAGACGAUAAUAGCGAGCAUUUAGAGAGUGAGUAUUCAGAGAGUGAUACCGAGAAUCAGCCCACGCAGCGAAUUGCUAGCGAAUCACUAGCGAAUCAGCACAAUAGCACCGAAUCCCCGUUUUACCUCGCACCUAUUGAUUCAGCGUGUCUCAAUUUUUGCAUUGAGCUAUUAAACCAUCGAAUUAAGGUUGAGGACUAUGAGAGCGCGCUAGUUUGUGCCACGGCAGUGCUCGGCCGUGGAGAGGUAGGCUGGCGUACUGCUGAGAGCUAUCCACCUAUUUUAUCGAAGCUGAUCAAGAUCGCACGCUUUAUGGUAGUCCACAAGGCUUUGAAAUUGGAUUCUACGGCGGAGGCAAUGCUAUAUCAGCUAGCGGAGCAUCAAAUGGCAGGUGAUUGGGAUACCGAGAGUCCGCUAGAUUCACCUCAAUUUCAGACAUCAGAGGAUCCAUUUUACAAUUUUGAAACUGGCCUAGUUCAGCCACCCACGGCUAGCCAGUCAUCUCAAUUUAUUGAAUUCACCCAGGCUCAACGGCAGACCCAGCGAUCAUUCAGAGAGUGGGUGGCUGAGAUGGUAAGCCAAUUCAUGGUCCGUGGAACAAAUAGCCCAAUUCAAUGGUUAUUAGAUCUACGGACUUAUGGGUUGAAGAUCCAUUAUAAUAGCACCACGACGGGCCACGUCGGAUGGAUGAACCAGGACCAGCUACUUUACCAGCAAUUCAAUUUCACAAUGGGUGACUUCCGUGGGUUCAUCCACGGGCUUAUUAGCUCGGCACGUCAGAUUCUCCACAAUGAGCUACUAUUUAGCGAAAAUGGGUCAGUUCCAGCUAUUCUAUGGCAGGCAAUUUACGACGAUCCCACGGAGACAGCCCACGGGUAG